AUGCCUGCUGCAUCGGAUAGCUCCGCACUCCCGAGGCUUGCCUUCCUUGGCCCUGAGGGCACAUAUUCCCACCAGGUCGCAAACGAGCAUUUUUCAGAGUCCGUGGAAUACAAGGCCUGCAAGACUAUCGCCGAUGUAUUUUAUAGUGUGAAUGAAACUUUUCAAUUCGGGCUGUUGCCUCAGGAAAACAGUAUAUUCGGUAUGGUCAUCGAGACGUAUGAUCUUUUGCGCUCGGACGAUGUUGGCCGGACCAAAUGGAUCCGUGGAGCGGUGACACUACCCGUCCAGCAUUGCUUGCUUGUCCGAAAAGGGCAAAAACUGCAUAAUAUUAAACGACUGCUCAGCCACGAACAGGCACUGGGCCAGUGCAGUCAAUUUAUUGCAAACCACUUGCCGGAUGCUACAUUGGUCAAGACAGCGUCGACCGCCGCCGCCGCCGAAUUCAUCGCUACGCAUGACAAAAGAGCGGAGAGCGCAGCUAUAUGCUCCAAAUUUUGCACUACACUAUUCGAUAACAUACAAGCACUUCACGAAGGCAUACAGAAUGUAAACUUUAAUUUCACUCGAUUUUAUAUCAUGGCAAACGACCUCAAGUUACCAUUACCCUUACCGCCAUCACGAAAUCCCCGUCAGGCCCUGGUGCGCAUUGAUGUGGGGCCGCCAUUAUCACACAAUACAGAGUGUCUCUCCUCUGUCUCCAUAACGGACUUGCUUGGAGCACUACGCUUAUCCGCGACUCGCAUAGACCGAAGACCGUCAUUGGAGCCAAGCAAGUAUCGACACGCCUAUUUUGUAGAGGUGAUAGACCGUUCAAGAUCUGCUUCAUAUUUAGAGGAGCAGGGCCGCGGGGAUGAAGUUGAUGAGAAGCGUUGGUUCGACAAGGUAUUUCACGGUGCAGGGCGUGUCAUAGGAGCAGGCGGCAGCGCAAGCGUGUUAGGGAUUUGGUAG